AGAGCAUAGUUAGUCUGAGAUAGAAACAACUGUAGCACCGAGCUUAAAAAAAAUAAAUAAAAAAUAAAAACAAAUCGUGAAGGAAUUUAUUAAAUCUUUAACGGUUAAACUUGCAGAAACUGUCAAGCUGUCUGAAAGUUAAUUAAACUUCUCGUAUAGUCAGUCAAUAGAGAUUAUUUUUAUUAGUAGUUAUUUAUUUUUUCGUGACUAUCAUUACGACAACCAGCAUGCCACCUCUGAAGACCAGGGAUUACGAACCGCAUCUUCCUCCUCCAGUGCCGCCACACAACAGCAACGAGACAGGCUACAGCGUCGGGCAGGAGCGGAGUUUGAAGUGCGUGUUGCUGGGCGAUGGUGCUGUUGGCAAGACCAGCCUGGUUGUCAGCUAUACCACGAAUGGGUACCCGACCAAAUACGUGCCCACUGCGUUUGACGACUUCUCAGCUGUGGUGCAGGUUGAUGGGACCCCAGUGAGACUUCAGCUCCGUGACACUGCUGGGCAGGAUGAGUUUGACAAGCUGCGACACUUCUGCUACCCACGUGCCGAUGCCCUGGUGUUGUGCUUCAGUGUGGUGAGCCCUGCCUCCUUCCAGAACGUUUGGGAAAAGUGGGUCCCUGAAAUCCGACGCCACUGCCCCUUGACACCAGUAGUCUUGGUGGGCACACAGUGCGACCUUCGCCAAGACGUUAAGGUGCUGAUCGAACUCAACCGGCGGCAAGAGAAACCGGUGCCCGAGGGCAACGCCAGGGCGCUGGCAGAAAAGAUUGGAGCCGUUGCAUACGUGGAGUGCUCAGCCCUAACGCAGAAGAACCUGAAAGAGGUUUUCGACGCGGCGAUAUCGGCCGGACUGAGUUUCUCCGAGCGCCGGGCUCGCAAAGAGAGGAAAAUGAAAAACACGGCCGAUAAAAUGAAAACACUCUCCAAAUCGUGGUGGAAGAAGUACGCCUGCCUGCGGUAACGAUGUAUUCAAAAUCCAGGAAGGUGGGGGCAUCGUCUCUUCUGUUGCUCCCUAAGAAGACUACGUUUUCCUUAACCUAUUCCCUCCCAGAUAUCAAACUUCCAAGGUGUUUUUCUUUCUUGGAAGCCGAUAUUGAAAUUCGCAUUGGGAUCUAUUUAUUUUCCCAGCUGUGCGAAUGAUGGAACUUGUACUGUACCGUAAGAUAUUUAUUUUCAAAACACUCUUUUUCUGUCUGGAAGAAUGUCUUCGUUAAGUCCUGUGGAUUUUCAUAUAAGAAAUCAUUUUAAUUUUUUUUUUUAAACAUACUAAACAAAAGUGUAAACCAGAGGUAACUUUUAAAAGUUUUGGAUCAAGCCAAGGUCUGGUUAGCGCAAUAGUCAUAAACUUUUAAAAUUGUUUUAAUUCUGAAAAGGUCUUUUUAGUCUCCCUAUAAGGUAUUGCUCACAUUGAAUCAGUACCUGUAGACUUUUCUGCUUAUGAAAAACCAAGGGUCUGGUUUGUUUAUGACAUCAGAACCCAAUAACCUAGAGGGAGGUUGAAAUAUGAUCUAAAUAUUUAUAUAUCUCAAUAAAUGCAAGACAAUUCAAUACAUCAAUGCAUAUUUGCAGCCAUGGUUUGAUCAAAACAUACACCACAAAUCGCAUUUGAUUAAAGACUUUUGUAAAUGUUUUCCUUAUUCUACUCCAGCUGGGGGAAGACGUUUGCAUGUUAUUGCUUCUCAUUUUUUAGAAGCUUAUAUAUUUUUUUGUGUGUUAAUCAAACAGCUGUGUGUCAGGGAGGGGAAUGCAAUAUGUAUGGGCAACUGAUAAAAAAAAAAAAAAAUAAAAUAAAAAAUCCUCUUUUUUUUUUUUUUUUUUUUUAAAACAGUUGAAUCCAUUCUAUAAUCUCUAAAAUGGGUGUGGUCUUCAUGGUAGUUAUCCAGUUAAACAAUUCUAUAUUUACAGUGGUGUUGAUUACAAUUCAGGCUUUUAGUCUGGUAGGUUUCACAUCUUGGUGUGUAUUAUCUAUAGCGGGGAGCGCAGUACGUGUGAUUCCUACUUUAUCUUAUUGCCCAGAAAUGUUUUCCAAGACUACAGCCCCCCUGUGAAAUGGUCUUGCCUGCUAGUUUAUGAAUGUUUGUUCCCUUUGUAUGUUUUAUUCAUGUUUCAUCUGUGCCUCUGAUGACUGCGUUGUAAGCAGUUUGCUAUUAAUUGAAAUGGUGUCUUUUGAUUUUGAA